GCGAUAGGCUUAACUUUUAGUCCGAGUGCGUCAGCCGACGGAAACACAUCAUGGAGGUGAACGUUUUCUUAUUGACGGUGAUAGUUGUGAUACUAGGUGUUAUUUAUUAUUGGUUAACGAAACAUCAUGACUACUUUCGCGAGAAACCAAUACCUUCUUUGGCAGCAUGGCCUUUAUUCGGUAGCACAGCUGACAUAAUGCUAAGGAAGUGCACCGUUACCGAUUACGUUAAGCUGGUUUACAACAAGUUCUCGAGUGUAAAAGUGUUCGGCCUGUUCGACAACAACGCUCGGGUAUUUGUUAUUCGAGAUCUAGAUCUCAUAAAGCAGAUUGCGAUUAAGGAUUUUGAUCACUUCGUCGAUCGACGCCCAAUAUUCGGAAUCUGCGACAAGGACAAUCCAAACGUGCUUUUCAAUAAAGCCCUAGUGAUGUUAACUGGUCAAAAGUGGCGAGAUAUGAGGGCUACUUUGAGUCCGGCUUUCACAGGUAGCAAAAUGCGUGCGAUGUUCGGACUGAUUACGGAAUACAGCGACCGCAUGAUUCAGAUUCUGCGGACAGAAGUCAACAACGAGAAAGGAUGUAGCGAACACGACAUGAAGGAUUUGUUCUCGAGAAUUGCAUCCGAUAUAAUUGCGACAUGUGCUUUUGGGAUACAAGUAGAAUCAGUGAAGGAAAGCAGAAACGAGUUUUUUAUGAUGGGUAAGGCAAUGAUGAAUCUGUUUCGAACAUCGGUGAUGUUUCGAGUACUGGCAUAUUCUUGGUUUCCUGGAGUAAUGCAAAAUUUGGGAAUCGAUGUUAUUGAUAGAGAGCAAAUAAAUUACUUUUCAAAUAUGAUCAGAAAAACGGUAAAAAAUCGAGAAACUCACGACAUUGUUCGUCCGGACAUGAUUCAUCUGUUGAUGCUAGCGAAGAAGGGUGCUCUAAAGGAUCAACGCGAAACAGUGAAAACUGUUGAAGGAUUUGCCACGGCAGAAGAAUCAACAGUUGGAACAGUUUCGGUCACAAAAACUCUAACGGAUGCUGAGUUCACUGCACAGUGUCUGAUAUUUUUCAUAGCUGGAUUCGAGGGCAUAUCGACGGCAAUGGUCAUCAUGGCGUACCAACUGGCAAUGAACUCCACAGUUCAACAAAAACUUUAUGAAGAAAUUGCUGCGACAUGUAAACAAUUGAAAGGAGAGGAACUUUCAUACGAUAUUCUACAAGCGAUGAAGUACAUGGAUAUGGUUGCAUCGGAAACACUUCGACUGAUGCCUAAUCCAUUUGCGGACCGACUGUGCGUAAAAGAUUACUCUGUGGACGAUGGAAAAGGACUUAAAUUUACUAUCGACAAAGGUACAUGUGUAUGGAUUCCAAUACAUGGAAUUCAUCAGGACCCUAAAUACUACCCAAAUCCGGAGAAGUUUGAUCCGGAGCGAUUUAGCGAAGCGAAUCGAGAAAAGAUCAACAAAACCGCAUAUAUGCCGUUCGGGAUUGGCCCACGAAAUUGCAUUGGGUCUCGGUUUGCGCUAAUGGAAGUGAAGGCAAUAAUGUACCAGUUGUUGCUGAAUUUCCGCAUCGAACGAACAGAACAGACUCAGAUACCGCUUAAGAUUGGCAAAGGCCUCGUACCAUCAAUCACAACGCAUCUGAAACUUGUGCUUCGUAAGCAAAUUUAGCCAACUUCGACCCGGUGCUUAGUGAAGAGAAUUGCAAAAAUAAUAUUAUGGUACUAUUCAGUUAUUACCUAAGAAUUAAGUUUUUUUUUAAGUUGCCCUUAAUAGACUCAAUCGAUUAUUAAAGCGUACAUUGGACUUAUUAUAAGUUUUCUUUAAGUUGAAAUCUGAUCACAUCGUUACUAAAAAUAAAAAUUUCUAUAUAUAACUGUAUAAUUCUACGCAUUAUAUUUAGAGCUGAAUCAAAAGCUCGAAAAUUCAGAUAUUCUUGCUCUGUUGGUUAAUAACAAACUAUUUACUACUGUGGGCAAAAAUAAGUAAGACAUUGUUCAUAAUUUCAAAAUUCUCUAUGUAUUCUUCCAAAUCUAUUUCGUCCCUUUCAAAGUAAUCCCCUCCGACCACAAUACACUUGUGACAACGUUUUUCCAAUCUUCGAAACAGUUGUUAAUGUCAAUUUCCGGAAUAUUCUUCAAUGCGCGUAACGAUUCACGUUUGAUGUCUUCAAUUGACUCAAAACGGUUUCCCCGGAGCGGUCGUUUGAGUUUGCUGAAUAGAUAGAAGUCACACGGAGCUAAAUCUUGAGCACCAAUUCCUUGAUUUUUUUGACAUGUUCAUCAUCAGUUGAUGUAGAUGGCCGUCCUGGACGUGGUUCGUCGUCAACGCGUUCUCGACCAUUUUUGAACAACUUUACCUAUCAAAAACACUUGCUAGCGACAUAAAGAGUGUAUCGAAAAUAAGCUAGCCACAAAUUUUUCUUUCAAAUUAUGAUAAAAAACGAUAUUUUAUUCAAACUAAAAAUUGAUCCUUUAUUGUACGAGGUUAAACUUGAGCAUAAUGAAAACCGAAUGAAAUUUAUGUUAUUUCUUCAUGAAUUUUCAAACUUUUGAUCGAACGCUCUUCAUCAAGUUCCGGACAAGUGUUGCAUAGCAUUUUUUGGACGCUUAAGCCCAAAUUUUUUUUGAACUCCUGCAUAUUCUCAGUUGCCUCACCAGUCUUCUGGAAAACCCUCUUCACGAUUGCCCAGUAACGUUCGAUGGGUCGAAGUUGAGAGCAAUUUGGGGAAUUGUUAUUUUUCUCAAUGAAAUUUAUACCCUCUUCCGCAAGCCAAUUGAGAGUGGUUUUGGCAUAGUGAGCCGACGCUAAUUCCGGCCAAAAUAGUGGAGGUGUACUAAGCUUCUUAUGUAAAGGCAGCAAUCUCUUCUGAAGACACUAAGAUGGAUAGAUUUCUGCCUUUAUAGUUGCUAUUGCAACUAUAGAUGGAUAGAUUUCUGCCUUUAUAGGAACAUAUUGCUUGCCAUACCAGUACUUUUCGACCGAAUUUCUCCACUUGAAUCGACCUAUCCGCAUCGCUCACAUACUCCCCAACGACGACAGUAAAAUAUUGUGGACCUGGAAGGGUUUUUGAGUCCUCCUUUACAUAAGUCUCAUCGUUCAUCAAAACGCAUGCAUCCGGACACUGCAAAAGAUGCGAAUACAAUUCCCGGGCCCUAGUUACUGUUCGCUACUUCUGUUCUACACUUUUUUUUCGAGAUUUUCUGCUUCUUGUAGGUCUUCAGGUGAUUUCGCCUCGUGCCACGCUGGAUCAUUCCGACACUUGUUCCUGCUUUUUUGGCCAAAUCACGUAUUGACAUUGAUUUGUUCUUCAUGAUUAAAGAUACCACUUUCUGGUCCAGUUUCGGGUUGAAAGAACCGGAUUUUCUGCCUCUUCCUGGUAGCUCAUCCAAAGAAUAAUGUUCCCCAAACUUAUUAAUGAUGGUUUUAACACUGACAUGAUGAAUUCCAAACCGCUUCGCCAAUUUUCGCCUAGUAAUACCCUUCUCACUGCGCCAUGUGCCCAAAACCUUAAUUUUCACUGCCUUCUCAAUACGCGACAUUUUGAAAACGCACAAUUUCAACCGCACAAACAAGUAAACUAACGAAAGCUGACAGCCAAACGCACAGCAUGCUGUGAUCUGAGCAAUAAAAACCAUCACAAAUACAUGCGUACAACACAAAUGUAUGUGGAUAGCUUAUUUUCGAUACACUCCCUACAAUUAUCACCGAGGGCAUUUUGCAACAUUCUGAAUGUUUCGGAACCAGGAAUUUGAUUCCCCACACAAAGUUUAUUGCAACUUAUUUGUUGGAUAAUAGACGCAGAGAAAACACUAAUGAAUAUUUUGAUGUGACACUUGGCACAGAUGUCACUGACAGUCAUACCAGCUUAGAAAAAAAUAUUUCGACGAAUAAGGUUUCUGCGCGAAAUAUAAUUCGAAAGUCUUACUACUUUUGGCCCACAGUAGUAGAUAUCGAGACUAAUAAAACAGCAUUGUAUCAGUGUUGUGAACUGGUUGAAGACCAAGUGUUUCACCGCAAAAUAAUAAACUAUAUAGAAACAAUGCAAUAAAUUUGUACACUAUUUUACAUGGGAUUGCACAUAACCUAACAAUUUUUUAAAUAAUUGAUCAUCUAUUCAAGAAAGGUGCAUGGUGUUCGCAAGAGCUUGUUAUAAAAAAUAGAACCAAUUUAUUUUGGUGGAGAUGUAAUGACGCCUUUUUCAUAUACGUUUGAAAAAUAAAUCGAUGUAAUUCCCAUUUCGGAGAUUUUUAAGUAGUUUGAAAACCCCACUAAUUUGAUUAUUUUGAGACCAGUUGCAAGAUUACGUUUAUAUUUUGCAAAGUCACUUGAAUGACGGUCAGAAAUUACCAACACUUAUUACUCAGUAAUUCCAGAAAAGAAAAUCAGAUCAGAGAACAACUGAUUAGUAGUCGAUGGCAGAUCAUAAGGCCUCUCGUUUAGAAGUAAGUUAGUGAAAAUUGUUUCAACCAUUUCUAUGAAAUCGAUGUGAGUUCCAUUUCAGUGUCUUUUAAGACUACUUCUGAUGCUCCCGGAAUCGAAAAUCAGGGAUUAUUUCUUUAUACAUUAAUAUAUAAAAUAAAUAAUAGUGGCCUUAGGUAAUUUACAGCUUAAAGGAGCUCCACGACUAUUCACCGACGACACAGCUUUGUUCUAUCUUGACAGUGACAUCAAUACUAUUAUUAACUCAAUGGAAAGUGAAUUAAGAAUUCUUGAUCAAUAUUUUAAUGCGAACUUAUUAUCAUUGAAUGCCACAAAGACUAAGUAUAUGAUUUUCAGUUGUAUAAGGAAAACCAUACCAACGCAUAAUCAUCCCCAGCUCAGAUACAAUAUCAUUGGAAAAGUUAACUGUUUCAAGUAUUUGGGUAUAUAUUUUGAUCCCACAUUGACCUGUACUCACCACGUAAAGUUUGUUGCAAAGCGUUUGUUGUGGCGUCGUGCUGUGGUAUUUUAUAGAGAGUCAAGUCAUUUGUUCUCCAGCGUAUCGUAUUGAACUUUUAUUUUUCUUACAACUGAAUGGUUUGUUCAGAAUUAUUCAUGUACAUGUAAUAAUUUUGGAUAUAGCAAGCAAAUAAACAAUUGAUGGAAAUAUAAAAAAAUGGUGUUAUAAUUAAAUAUCCAAGUAUCUCAAGAACAGCAGCUGAAAUUUCGAAUAUAUCUGUAAAUUGUUUUAGCUAUAAAUUCUUCAUUUUUCAAAAGGCACGGAUGAGAUAGCCAUCAAUCUGUAGGUUUUAAUAAUUUUUUUGGUUCAUUUAGAAAUUAUCGAGAAAAAAAUUUAUUAGAGUGCCCUAUUGAUUCUCUACAACUUCUCCCUGGACGCCAUUUUUGUACGAUGAACGGUUUCCGAAUUACAACGAGACCCGUAAACUGUUUUAGCUGUAACUUCUUCAUUUCUCAAAAAGCACGGAUGAGAUAGCCAUCAAUCUGUAGGUUUUAA